GUGUCAAAAAAGCUUUAGAGCUUCACCUAUUUUUUAUAGUGAUCGCAUGUAAAGAGCGAGAACUUUACGAUAAAAAUUUUGUAGAAAACGGGGAAGACAGGAGGAUACAUCUCCAUGAUACCCUCGGACAGAUGGCGUUCCGUUGCGUCUUUGUGGAUUUUUUUAAACUUGAGUACAAUUCAACAAAUAAGGAUCAUAGCAAACAUGAACUCUAUGACCUCCUUGGCAGAGUGAAAGAUUUUAAAGAGGCUUAUAAAUCUCAUUUUAAAGGAGAUCUCGCAGACUCUGGCGACGUCCAUCUAGAACGUCGAGAUUUGAACCCAGUUAAAUUUGCCACGUGACUGCAUUAAAAUACUGUGCUGUACAAUUCUGCAAAAAAACUGGGCUGAUGAACGAUCUUCCAGAUAAUUUGAAAUCAAUUUUUUUGGAAGACAUGCCUACAACUGAAGCUUUGAAUGAGGUAAAUAUUGCUAUUCGUAACUUCAGGUACCCCAUAGACCUUCUACGUGCUUCGAAUUCAGUCUCUGAAAAUAUGCAUCAACAUGAUGAAUUGAUUUCAAAGAUCGAAAAAAUCGAAAACGCAUUCGAAGAACUGAAAAAAUUCAUAACUGAAACGUCGUCUUCAACAGUUGAUAAUCCCGCAGCUUCAGAACUGCAACCAAGUAGUCCGUACGAAAAUACUGACACCCAAGUUCGUAGUAUUACUUGCAUUCUUCCUUUCUAAGCCUAUGAAGACGUCAGUGAAAGAUAAGCGACAUUUACCCGAUAAUCCUGAGUCUUCCUGAAUCCUUUGAAUAAAGGUCGUCAGACCGACUUUGCUUUGUUUUUUCGAUCAGAUUCCUACACUCCUUUUUCUUCUAAAGGAGAAGGUUCUUCAUCGCCAUGAUUAUUUGGUUCAUUUUCAUCUGUUGCUAUCGUUCUCGUUGAUUUGACGGUCUCGUAACUACUUGACCAGUCUGUACCUCACAUUCUACAUGAAUGAAAAUUUUUGUUCAAAUCAUGUUACGAUUCCUCAUAUCCAAUCUGUCGAG